AUGACGGAGCAGUCACCGCAACCGAGCCAUGAGUUGGCGCGCGAUACCGAUGCCCAACCGUCGGAGCAUGAGCCAGCAAUAGCCGCCAACGAAACGUUCCCGUUUGUAGAAAACAAAGUUCCAGACGAUGUCGCGCACGAGAAAGAUGCUGAAUCAGGAGAUGCGACGGGCAAGGAAGGGGGUACCGAAGCCAGAGAUGUAAAGAAUGAGGAAAGCAAUGAUAAAAAGUCGGGCCACGAUGAAGACAAUGAAGAAGAAGAAGAUGACGAUGACGAUGAAGCUGACGAUGAAGACGACGACGACGACGACGACGAAGAUGAUGAUGAUGAGGAUGAGGAUGAGGAUGAGGAACCAAGACUCAAAUAUGCUCGGUUAACUCAACACCUUAACGGAGUGUAUCGAAACGGCGAUGCAACUAGCGCGUUUCUUGUCGCGGGAGAUAAAAUGCACAUUGUUCAGCUCCCCAUGUUCCAAUCCAUGAGAGUAUACCAUGCGCACUCAGCCUCAGUUACCUCUAUAUCAAUAUCUCCGUACCCUCCUCCAUUGCCGACUGAGAAGAAGCCGGAAGCAGCGCCAAGGCAUACGACAUCUAGCAACGCUACUGUCUCCUCUGGCCGCCAGGCCGAUGCAUCUCCGGCGGCAGCCUCCAGAAGACCCCGCGAAGCGUCACAAAUCCCCAGGACGCCAUCUAACGAUAUUUAUGUGGCGACUUCCUCUUUGGAUGGCAAUGUAUGUGUGCAGUCUCUUAUUGAUAUGAAGGAUGUCCAGCUGCGGAACUUUGCCCGGCCCGUUCAAGCUGUGGCUCUGUCGCCAGAAUUCAAGACAGAUCGUACCUAUUUGUCAGGAGGACUUGCUGGUCAGCUCAUUCUUACCGCCGGAGGUGGUCCGGGUCGCAGUACCUCGACAACAACUGGAACUGCUGCGGCCACAGCUUCCGGCUGGCUGGGUAGUAUGGGACUUGGCAGCAAUAGUGGCAAAGACACUAUCUUACACUCUGGCGAAGGAGCUAUCAGCACUAUUAAAUGGUCCCUGUCUGGGAAAUAUGUGGUGUGGCUCAAUGAACAUGGAAUCAAAAUUAUGCGGUCAAAGCUCCACCUCGAGAGCGCAGACAUAGAAGAUGCUUGGAAACGAGUUGGGCACAUUGAUCGCCCACAAACUGAUGAAUGGGAGACCAUGGCAAGUGUAUGGAAAGGCCGCGUUGAAUGGAUCGAUGAACAAGCUGUUGAACUGGAUGAAUCUGACCAGAGCAAUGUUGAUAAAGGGCUAUCUCCUGCUGCACACAAGCUCAGAGAACAGGCUGCAUCGGGCAAGAAGAAUAUCGAGCGGUUGCUUGUAGGUUGGGGUGGGACGAUAUGGAUCAUACACGUUCAUCCAGGAGGCGUCGGUGUCGGCCGGCACGCUGGCGAGAAGACUGUUGGCCGUGCUGAAAUUGUUAAAAUACUUCGGAUGGAUUGCAUCAUUUCCGGCAUUUCGUUAUAUACCCACAACCUUUUGUUAGUACUCGCGUAUUGCUUGCCUGAAGACGAGGACGAGGAUGAGGAUUCCGGAUCGAUUCCAAACUCGCCAGACAAGAAGCAUAAAUCCAAACCUUCAACAGGAAGCGAGCCCUCUGGCGGUGUUCGCCGCCGACAGAAUAACCAGCCGCCUGAACUCCGCCUUAUCGAUCUCAACUCCCAGGCCGAAGCCGACAAAGACAGUUUGAGCGUCAGUCGUUACGAGAGAUUGUCAUCAGGUGAUUACCACUUAGGUGUUUUGCCUGCACGCAAUGCUGCGUCUGCAAUCGCUUCAUCUCGGGGCGCUCUGGAGGCGAUCGCUGGGAUCGGCACGGAUAUGUGGAAUGCGGCCAUCAACCCUCGCUCCCUAUUCAGUUCCGGAGCUAGCACGCGUAGCCGAGGGAGCGGUGAUGAUUCUAGUCUCGUAGGGAGUACGGCAGGGACGAUUCGACCCGGCAACAAUCAAAGACUUUCCCCCACCGUUCAUUCUGGCCUUGUCAAACCAGGCGUGAAGAUCUUCAUACAUAGUCCGUAUGACUGCAUCCUCGCGACCAGGCGAGAUCUGAGUGAUCAUUUGGGAUGGCUUCUAGAGCGCCAGCACUACCAGCGUGCCUGGGAGUUACUCGAUGAACACCCGGAGAUCAUGGCACCGCUAAACGAAGGGGCUAAUGAUGGUACUCCUUUGAUUCCCACACUGAACCAGGAGCCUAGUGACGAAUUCAAUGAUGACGAAUCUGUCGUCGAUUCGCAACUGCGAGAUUUCUAUUCUUCGGCAGAGCGAGAGAAAAGGCGUAUCGGAGAACUCUGGAUACAGGAGCUUAUUGAAGAGAAUAACUGGGCAUCUGCUGGUAAAGUGUGUGGCCAGGUGCUCAAGACGCCUGACAGAUGGGAGAAGUGGGUUUGGACGUUUGCUGGUGCGAAGAAAUUCGAUGCUAUCACGGACUACAUUCCCACAGAGCCCAUGCAUCCGCCCCUUCCUUCGACUAUUUAUGAAGUUGUACUUGGCCAUUAUAUUCAAAACGACAAGCCAAGGUUUAGGGAGCUAUUGGAUCGUUGGUCACCUGAGCUUUUCGACAUUAAAACAAUCACAACUGCGCUGGAGAACCAGCUCAAAUAUCGAGACGUGCGCGAAGACAGCAUCGACGAAGGGGAAAAGGGGCGAGACUGGAGGAUCGUAAUAGAGAGCUUGGCAAGGUUACACGAGGCCAACGGACGACAUCGCGAGGCUCUCAAAUGCUAUAUCAAACUCCAUGAUGCGGAUUCGGCUUUCAGGUUGAUUAGAGACAACCACCUUGCAGAAGCUGUUGAAGACGAUAUUCCUAGCUUCAUUGGCCUCAGAGUUCCAUCAGGUAAAGUCAACGAAAUGGCAGCAGAGGAGCUUGAUGAAGCGACAUCAGAAGCCAUCACACUGCUCGUUGACGAAGCUCAGCAUGGUCUCCUGCGCCCUGAUAUUGUGGUGGAGCAACUACUCUCCAAGAAGCUCAACCUGUACAUAUACUUCUAUUUCCGAGGUCUAUGGAAGGGCGAUGGCAUUCAGGAACAUAGUGGAGAGAAUGUGGACCGGCUGGUGAUGGACAGUCAAUCUUUGGUUGACAACUUCGCGGAUUUGGCUGCUGUUCAAGAGUGUGAGACGUUCUCAUACUACGACGAGCUCGUGUUUCUAUACUCUAAAACGGGCCAAAUGAAACGAGCUCUGUACCUCAUCAUCGAUCGUCUAAAGAAUGUUCACAAAGCAAUUGAGUUUGCUAAAGAACAGGACGACCCUGACCUAUGGGAAGACCUACUUAAAUACAGCAUGGACAAACCCAGCUUCAUUCGAGGUCUGCUGGAGCAAGUAGGUACAGCUAUCAACCCAAUUACUGUAGUGCAGCGAAUUCCCGAGGGACUCGAGAUUGAGGGUCUCAGGGAGGGGCUUACGCACAUGAUGAAGGAACACGAGAUCCAGUACAGUAUUAGUUCGGGCGUUGCAAGAGUCCUUCGCAGCGAGGUUGCCACGGCGCAGAACGAGCUUCGAGCUGGUCAACGUAAGGGUAUCAAGUUCGAGGUAGUUAUUCAGGAACAGGAACAUGUGGAUAUACAAGUCAAGGAUGUUUCCACGGACCCCGACAAUCCAGAACCCAACCCUUCUCACCCAUCUACGGCCCAUGAUCACAGAGUGCCGAAACCGGGACACUGCGCACGAUGUCACGAACCAUUUACAGAGUUCGAGAUGGAAACAUUAGUUGGGUAUGCUUGCGGGCAUGUGUUUCACGUGAGUCAUCUACUGGAGAUGUUGCAUGGGAACAAGAAAGUGGAUGUUGAUUUAGGCAAUGGCUCUGAGGAGGGAAGUCGGUACUCCAUAGGCAUGAAGGUGAUGAGAGCGCGAUUACUGAAGGAUAAGAUGAAAGGGGGCUGCCCUGUAUGUCAUGUCAAAGAGUAA